AUGUCCACUCAACCUGAAGAACGAGUCCUGAAACCCCUCGAUCCCGUCCCCGAUGAUGUCAAUGACUGGCCGGAUUUUGCCUUGCGAGAAACAAAAAUCUUUUACCAAGGGAAAGGCCGAUAUGCAGACCUGUUACACGCCUCCGAAGAGACACCCCUCUGUGUUGUGGGAGAAUUGAUGCCUUUGGAUGACGAGCAGGAACAUCUUGCUUUGAUAGACAAGCCAUUGUAUGCACGAAUAAAGAUCGAGAAGGUCACGAAUUACAGCUUUGGUCAAGAUGACAAUUCGAAACCUGUCAUCUGGGCUGCAGGGAAGGCAGGCUGGUACGAAAUUUCACCCUCGGAUCGCUAUCUGAGUUAUUACAACGAUACAUUAGAGGCUAUCGAUUUGUUCUAUUUCAUGGUCGAUCAGCAUCAAAAGCUCCCACGAAAGCGCCAGAAGUUGGGGUUCUUGAUCGACCCGUUUCUCACCGAAUACCAGAAGCACACGGGUUACCGGAUUAACGACGAUGACGAAGCCAUGGAGACGAUCCACAAACAUCACCACUUUCUUUUGAGACAGAUGCUUGAAGAGAGAGAAGGGAUCGACUGGUCCCAGACCUAUCUCUGGAAACAUUUGGCUGAGACUUACGCCGAUGAAGUGGCGGAGUUGAAGGCCAUUUUGGCAAGAGGGAAUCGGAAUACCCAACCGGAAGCCUCCGACACCUCUGAAGAAGAGGAAACAGAGGAAGAAGACGACGACGACGAUGAAGACGAAGAUGCAGAGGAGGGACCGCAGCAGGACAGAGAGGACACGUCAGAAGAAUCCGAUGGUGACCAAUCUGAAGAUAGUUCCGAGGCAACCUCUGACAGUGUGGUCGAAAUCAAGGCGGUGCCCGUUGAUUGGACCAAAACUAUAUGGGAUAUGCUGAAUGUCCUCCGAAAGUCAGCCAACUUCAAUAUGAGACACUGUGGGAUCGAGGAAGCCGCCACGGAGCUGCAGAAGUUACCAGCGUUCUUUGGGUCGCACGAAGACGCAGUGGCCGCCUUUGAACGUUCAGCAGAACCGUUACUGAAACUCAUGAACGAAGCAAAGCUCCGAAAGAAAUUCAAUUGGUCUACCCGGAGAAUCUACGACGAGCUGGAAGCCACGCUUGCCGGCGUGGUGGCGGACGAGACCAUCAAGACACCCGGCAAACCAGACGGAGCGAAACCCCAGCGCCACCGAAUGAAGUCUGUGCUUCGUCCCAGUGGCGCUAGCAAAUCACACAAGCGCGCUCGAGGCUUCGCGGACGAAGACGAAGACGAAGUGAUGAGUGAUAUCCCCAUUUCGUCGCCAGUAGCUCGACGGCAAGCAGGUCCUCUGCCGCCCAGUAGGAUGAGAGAAGGCACGGCAGAUUCAGGACCCAGUCGCGAAGAUAGUCCCAGCCGACAACUCAAUGGCCAUCCAGAUCCUGACGCGUUACCUGAGCUGCCCCCUGGCCCGGAGGCCCAAGAAAUGCUCGACCUGGUUGCUCAAGAGGCCAAGCGAGUCGGUCGGCAGCAUCAGACCGGUCAUCUGCAAGCAUUCCUGGGGCAGUGGGUUGUUUGA